AUGUCUCGACAUCAAUUUGACUUGGUUAUGUGCAUGAAGCAGCCAGGUACCCACAUAGGUCUAUUAUGUGAGAAAUGUGAUGGGAAAUGUCCCAUUUGUGAUUCUCAGGUGAAUCCAAAGUACAAAGUAAGAAUAUGUGAUUCGUGUUCAUUUGGUAAACAAGGAACAUCCUGUGUAAUAUGUAAUACGGGGAAAGGUGUAGCAGAAGCUUUCUAUUGUUGGGAAUGCUGUAAAUUAGAGAAGAAUAAAGAUGGUUGUCCCAAGAUUUUGAAUAUUGGCAGUAAUAAAUUGGAUAGACAUUUCGAUCGGAAGGCUAUAGAAUAA